CAAAAAAGUUGACGCACAAAUACCAUCGGCGGCUUCUGUAUAAUUAAGACAAUUCUGUAUAAUUGACAAUAUAAUAUUUUAAUUAGAAAAUUCAAAUCCUAACAUUGCAUUCUGAUUUCAUUAUACUUUAUUUCAAUCAGCUUUAUAAUAUUCCCAUCAUGAAUUUGAAAGCCUUGUAGCUCAAUCUCAAUCAAACCCAGUUUCGAAAUCCAAGUACUGAAUCUCUGUACUUCAAGAUCACAUAACCGGAACAACACUACCAUCUCAAUUUAAGGGUUUGGGGUGGUGGAUACAAUGAUUGGGCGAAGAGAAAGAGAAGGGCCCUUGAUGCGAAACAUCCCUCAUUCUCUACGAAAAUCUAAGAUCCUUACCGCCGUAGUAAUUGGCGUUCUUAUAGGAUGCGUCUUGGCUUUCUUCUUUCCCAAUGGCUUCCUUGUUUCUUCCUCUAUUGCAUCCAAUCCUCGAUCCAAAACCCAGGUGAAAUCAGCUGAAUGUGAAUCGUCGGAUAGAGUCAACAUGUUAAAAUCAGAAUUUGUGGCAGUAUCAGAUAAAAAUGCUGAGCUGAAAAAACAGGUCAAGGAGUUGACUGAGAGGCUUCGGCAAGCCGAGCAAGGGGAAGAUCAGGCUCAAAAACAAUUUCUUGCAUUGGGUAACAGGAAAAGGCUGGACCUUUUGGUACUGUCAAAGGAUUAAGAACCAAUCCUACUGUUCUUCCUGAUGAAUCUGUGAACCCGAGAUUGGCGAAGAUAUUAGAGAAACUCGCAGUUAAACGAGAGAUCAUAGUUGCACUAGCAAACAAUAAUGUGAAGCAAACAAUAUAAAAUUAGGAGCCAUAGGGUUUAAUAUACCUAUUAUUAAACUCGCUCUCCUAUAAAACUCCCGUAAAAAAUUGGUUUAAAAUAAGUGGAGGUGUGAAUAGAGAAUAUUGGAGAUCCAAUUCGUUUGGGCCCAAUUAUGCAAAAUUUUGAUAGCCCGUGUUGUAUUUCAUUAACAUUUAUAAUAAUAGUUAUUAUUAAACUUAUUUUAUUAAUAAUUAUUAAUCUUACUAAGGGUGUAUUAUUAAUCUUGUCAUUAACCAUGCUGUUAU